AUGGGAGAGAGCUGUCCCGGUGUGUCAAGUAAAGAUGCAGGAAAAGCUAAGGAAUGCAAAGGGUGUCCGAAUGCGUCAUACUGCUCGCAACCAGCCCAGCCAGACCCAGACAUCAAGAUAAUCCAAGAGAAUCUUCGAGGAGUAAAGACCAUUGUUGCUAUUAUGAGCGGAAAGGGAGGCGUUGGAAAAAGCACAGUUGUCCGGAACAUAGCAGAGUCGGUGUCUUCAAGGGGAAUCACAACAUGCAUUCUGGACUUAGAUCUAUCUGGGCCAAGCAUCCCGAGGCUUACGGGAACAGACGGAAUGUCGAUGUGUGAAACAAGUGGCAUCAUACAGCCAAUAGAGGUGAACAAGUUUUUGAAAGUAGUUUCUGUUGGAUAUCUCCAAGACUGUGGAGAAGGAAUCAUGUUCAGCUCUAGCUUUAAGACAGGAAUCAUAAAGAAGUUUCUGGCACAGUGUAACUACGAGGGUGUGGAUGUACUGCUUCUGGAUACUCCUCCAAAUGUGACGGACGAACAUCUUGGGAUGGUGAACUUCAUAAAACCUAAGUUUGCAAUUGUUGUCACAACACCGCAGAAGUUCUCUCUGCAGGACGUUAUCAGGCAGAUUGACUUCUGCAGGAAAGCAAAGAUCUCUGUGCUUGGGGUGAUAGAGAACAUGAAAAGGUUUGUAUGUCCAAGAUGCAGCCAUCAAAAAAACGUGUUUGUCAAUACAGAGGUUGAGUCUUAUUCUAAAUCAAACGGUAUUCCUUAUCUGGGCUCUAUAGACCUCAGGCAGGACAUAGCUAAAGCAUCUGAUAUUGGAAGGCCGACGCGAGAAGAGAUCUUCGACAGGAUGGCAGAUGCCGUCCUAUCAAUCCAUGAAUCAUGA